AUGUCUGCCACAGGGGAUCCAGACCCAAUCCAAGGGGACCAGGAGACCCCGGUGAGCCAGGAGGGAGUGCAAGCUGAGGCGGCCGGAGCUGGUGACGGGGAGGGUGGCGACUCUGGCCCCAACAGUGGCGACGUGGUGCCCACAGCUGAGGUGGCCGGAGAUGCAGGGCCCAUGGGAGGCCUUAGGGAGGAGGAGGGUGAGCAGGUGGCAGACCUGGCUGCAGCCCCCGGGAGCGGGAGCACCAAGGAGGAAUCCGACAUUGGGCUGGAGGAAGAAGAGGAGGAGGAAGAAGAGGAGGAAGAGGAGGAGGAAGACUUCGACUUGGUCGCGGCCGCCCAUCGCUACCCCAUAGUAGGCUUUCGCGUGGAGUUCCUGGACAUGGUCCACAACCUUCUCCACCGCAUCUAUCACAACGACCACAUCCUGAUCGGGAUCCGUGGUGGCCGCCUGAUGGAGGGGCCCCGCCCUGUGAUGCCCAGCUCUGAUGAGCCCCCACUGCUGGUGUCCGAGAGGCUGGGUGCAGGGGCCGGGGCCCCAGAAGGCGAUGACCUGGGUCUGAUCGAGGAGGCCGAGUUGGUCCCAGAGCCUGAGGUGCCAGCAGACCUGGCCGAGAUGGCCAGGGAACCCGCAGAAGAGCCCGCGGAGGAGGCUGCAGAGGAGAAGCCUGCAGGGGAGGAGCCAGCAGAGGAAGCAGAGGAACCCGCUGCAGAGGAACCGGCCGCAGAGGAACCAACUGCAGAGGAACCAGCCUCAAAGGAGGCCGUGGCUCCUGAGCAAAUCACUAAAUCGCAGCCUGAGAAGUGGGAUGAGGAGGCCCAAGAUGCUGCAGAUGAAGAAAAGAAAGAACAAGAAAAAGAAAAGGAUGUGAAAAACAAGAGGAAGAACUCCAAAGGGACCUAGACACAGCAGAGGGGAAGCAAGAAAAUCCAGGUAUCUGUGUAUAGCUUUGAGAAUCACUCAACUAUUCCUGGCAUUUACCUGUUACUGACAAUUUUAUUUUUUUCAAAACUUCCCAGUAAAUUAAUUAAUAAAAAGUUUAACAUUAGCUUUAAAAUUCAAUUUAAUUUACUUAAAAUGCUACUAGAAUUUUCAUGUACCUAGUAAUAUGAACUGCAAUGUGGUCUGAAAUAUACUUCAUGGCUACUCAUUUGUUCAUGUUGAGGUCUUUUGUCCUCUAGCUGCAAAACUGCUAACAAGUGGCAAAUGAAUCAGACCUACUACCAAGACCAAUAUUUGUGUACAAUAUUGGUUGCCAGACACAGCAGUUGCCAGACACAGCAGCUAACUAGGCUGGGCCAUGCAUUAGUUGGGCCUUCAUUACUUGACCACAGAAAUGCAGGCUCCCCAUAGUAACUAGGAGACAACUCCAAUGCUUUUUACAAAGUGACUACUAACAAAUAGCAAAAAGCUAAGAAUUUAAAGUAGGACCACAUUUAAUGACUAAUACCUAAAUAUUUGUUUAGCUCUAUAUUUUUGUAUUUUAUGUGACAAAUGAAAAGAAUGUGUGUAAUUAAGUCUUAAGGUAUAUCUGUCUUUGAAUAUAUCUAAAUAGUUAAUAUUUUCUUUUUUCUUUUUUUGCAUUUUCACAGUUGUAUAUUUCUUAACAGCUUCUUUUCUAUAUGGUAGAUAUGGAAACCAAGGGUCUGGGAGGGUAAGGGAAUAUCAUUUUUGGAACCAGCACAGGCUGAUGAAGCUUCAGAGAUUUAUUUACAUGAGAAUGGAUUCUCAUGUAAAAACAAAAACAACAAGCUUUUCUAGUGCUAGGCUGACAAGGUUGGUGUGAUCAUCUGAAUGAAACCUUCAGUUCCAC